AUGCACCUUCUACGGCGUGAGACCAACGGCGAUUUCAGCAUUGCCGACUAUGACGACAGACAGCUGCCGCCCUACGCGAUACUGUCACAUACCUGGGGUUCUGAUAACGAUGAAGUGUCGUUCAAAGACAUCAUGAAAGGCCGAGGUAAAGAAAAGCAAGGCUAUGCCAAAUUACACUUUUGUGCCAACCAAGCUGACAAUGAUGGACUGGAAUAUUUUUGGGUGGAUACGUGCUGCAUCGAUAAGAAAGAUAGCGUAGAACUCUCGAAAGCGAUAAACUCCAUGUUCUCAUGGUAUCAACAAUCAGCCCGAUGUUACGUCUAUCUUUCCGAUGUGGCAGCUCCGCCUCGAUCGCCUUGGAAAACUGCGUUCCAGAAGAGCAAAUGGUUCACCAGAGGCUGGACGCUACAGGAACUACUUGCUCCAUCUUCCGUUGAAUUCUUCACCGUUGAUGGUGAACGCCUAGGUAACAAGCAAACACUGUCGCAGGCCAUCCGUCACGCUACAGCUAUUUCUUCUCGAGCUUUGGAGACUUCCCCGCUGCGUCUCUCAGAUUUCAGUAUAGCAGAGCGCAUGUCCUGGGCAGCUGGGCGGGAAACCAAACGGGAAGAGGACGCAAUUUACUCUAUACUUGGCCUCUUCGACAUACACAUGCCACCUAUAUACGGAGAAGGCAAAAUAAAUGCAUUUGAUCGCCUUGAAUCGGAGAUU